UUGGAAAAAAAAAAAGACAAUUCUACACCCUCUCAAUGCGCCACCAUCCAGACCGCAACCGCGACGACCCGACCGCCUCCUCGCGCUUCGCCCGCAUCUCCGCCGCCUACAACGUGCUCAGCCAGCCUAACAAGCGCGCCGCCUACGACCGCGACCACGGCAUCUACGCCCAGUACCAGAGCACGCGGUCCACCGCCACGGCCGGCCAACAUCCCAUGGGCAGCUACAGCAGCCACGGCGCCGGGGCCAACCUCCACACCAAGGGGGCCUCGUACGCCGGGUCCCGCCCCGCCAGCGGGUUGAGCAAUCGCCGCGGGCAGUUCCGGGGCCCGCCGCCGAGUUUCUACGCGCAUGGUGGCUAUGGGCGCACGGGAAGGACGGCCCCGGGGCCCGGGGCGGGGUCGGCGGCUGGUGGUGGCGAUGCUGCGGGCCAGUCAUCCUCCACUGCCGCCAAUGAUGACGAUCCGACUGCGUUUAUCCACAGGAAUACCGUUCAUCAUUUCAAUGCUAGGGGUCACUAUAAGACUCAAUCGGCGGAAGAUAUUCGGCGGAAAGAGCGGAGGCAGAAGGCGAUGGAAGCUGCCUUGAAGGAACAGUACAUUGGGAGCCCCUGGGGAGCCGCCAUGCGAUUCGCUGCGGUCUGUGGGAUCUUGGUCGGGGCGGCAACAGUGGCGGGCUGGUUUCAAUGGCCACGUGAGAAAGCAAGUAAGCAGAAAGAACAACUGAGGCGAUAAAAAGGUGUGCUUGUACAGGGUGAUCAUGUUUAUGGGUGCAUGAGUGUAUUGGGCUCGGUUGGCAUUGUCAAAUGUGUCGGGUAGAGAGCUACACAUGAUACAGGAGUUCGGUGGUUACCCCUUGGUUCGGAUUGGAUCCAGACGACAGAUUUGAGAUCGAUUGAUUUCAUGCAGCAUGUACAUAUAAUGAACAAAGGGAAAUGUAGACUUGAUAUAC